GAGCAGGAAGUGUGUGGAAUGGGAUGGAAAAAGACAAUUGAGCAUAGAACGGGGACAUUGAUAGCAACUCGUCCCGAAAGAACAAUGGAACGUGAUACACAAAUAAUUUAACUCUGGACUGAAUAUAUGCUGAUUUUCUCCUUAAAUUGUUUUCUCCUCUGGUGCCUGCACCCGUGUUUCAAACGGUUUUCCCGUGGAGCGGAUGUGAAUGACUGACCUCAUACCUCUUGCAUGUCGCCCUCCCUGUAGGGGCAUACUGAAAGUUACUGUAGUUGACCUGCGAAUAUGGAUCCUUUUUGUUCUCUGAAGUGUUAACCACCAUACUCUGCGAAUGAAUCCUGCUGGCAGCACCAGCACACCUUCAGAUCAUCUGUAAUGGCUGUGCAAGAGCCAGUACGGACCAAAGGCUUUUUAUGCAAGCACUGUGGUAUCGUGUGCUCCAACAUGCCCAGUCUUUUGGAACACAUGGACACCCACCUGGAGUCGGAGGAAGACCGCAAGUUCAAGUGUGACGAAUGUGGGAGAGGCUACAGGCAUGCAGGCAGCUUGGCCAACCACAAGAAAACGCACGAGGUAGGCUCUUUCCAGUGCCCAAUAUGUGCCAGGCAGCUGUCGAAUAGCUUGGCCCUCAAGAACCACCUGCGAAUCCACACGUCUCGCAAGAAGUACUCCUGCAUGGACUGUGGGAAGGCAUUUAGACUGGCAACCCAGCUGGCCACUCACCAGAGGGUCCAUCGCAACCGAGAGGCCAGAGGGUCAAGCAGCCGAAGGGGCAGCGCCGAACAUGGCCAUGCCAGCAGCCAUGAGGACCACGACGAGCUGCAUUACAAGGAUGAGCAGAGUUUUGAUGUAGUUCCUGAUCUAGAGCCUGACAUGGGCCUGAACCUGCCUGUGGAGGAUAGCUUCAGCGACAGCGGCAUGCCAGACAUCCUCCCUGGCUCUGCCUCUAGCGACAGGGCAGCUCCCGAAGACUCCAGCGACCGUCCUUACAAGUGCAACAUGUGCGACAAGACCUACAGACACUACGGAAGCCUGAACAACCACAAGAAGACCCACACAGUGGGCACGUUCGAGUGCACCAUCUGCUUCAAGCAGUUCAACAACCUCGCCGCCCUCAGCAGCCACCAGCGCAUCCACAGCAAGACCAGGGGACGUUCCAGCGCCGGGGCCACCCCACCCACCGCUGCCUCAACCCCCACCUCCGCCACCGCUGUCGCCACCACCGCCCAUCCUGAGAGGAAGCAGGAGCAGGCUGCGGGCCCGCAGCAGAACGGCAACGCGGCGGCCGACGUGCACUUCUGCCACCUCUGCCAAAUGGCGUUCCCCAACGAUGACGAGUUCCAGGACCACAUCCUGCUGCACAACUCCUCCUCGGUGUCCUUCGAGCUGCCCGUGAACAUGCCCGACGACGGCGGCUUCGCCUACAGUGCCAGUCAGUCGCCAGAGUACCCUCCAUCCAGCGACACCCCACCCAUGCCUCCCCUGCUGGACAAACAGGAGGACUACGGGCAGCCGGUGGGCUCGGCCGAAAACGGCCAGAUCUACAUCCCCGACCCGUUCCAGGACGAGCCGCCCAUGCUGAACUCUCAGGGUACCCACGGUCUCGACGAAGCGGCGGUGGACCCGGCGGACCUCCAGGACGACCUGUCGGCCAACCAUCAGGUGAAGGAGGAGGAGGAGUCGUCGCCAGACGGCGACCGGCGCUUCAAGUGCAACGUCUGCAACAAGAGCUACCGGCACGCGGGCAGCCUCAUCAACCACAAGCGCUCGCACCAGACGGGCGUCUUCCAGUGCUCCAUCUGCCGGAAGAACUACCCGCACAUGGCAGCCCUGCGCAGCCACCACCGCAUCCACCGCGCCCAGACCUCCACACUCAGCCACAGUGCCGAGGGCGACUGGCUCUCGUCCGAGCCCCAGACGCUGGAGAACCAGCAGGGCGGCUACCCCCUCUCGGAGGGGGACGAGGAGGACCUCGGGGACGUGCUGGACCUCCCCGAAGACCUGCAGGACGAGCCGCACCUGCUGCCCGAGCACCAGGGCACGGACGACGGCCACCACCACCACCACCAUCACCCGGGCCACCAGGACGAGCCCAUGGGCUACCACGAGCAGUACGACUUGCCCUACCCCCCGGAGGAGGAAGCCGCGCACCUACCUCACGGCGGUGAGCCCCUCAUGGAGAGGCACAUGUGCGCCGACUGCGGGAAGACGUUUGGCGACAUCGCCGGCAUCAAGUCGCACGCGUGCCCCCUCCACCAUCACCGCCAGCAGCAGCAACAGCAUGGCGCCCUCACCAACGGCUCGGGCAGCCACGUGAACUACCAGGGCCAGCACCUUAUCGGCGAGUCCGGCGCACCCGUCGGCUACGAGGGCCACGGCUCGACGCAGGGCUACUACCCCGAGCACCACCCCCACCACGGCUACCACCCGAACAUGCACGGCGGCGGGAUGAUGGGCGGCGGCGGCUUCGGCGGCGACGCGGAGGAGCACGGCGGCAUGGAGGACGAAGACGACGAGUACGACGGCGGCGGCGAGGAGGAGGAGGACGGCGAGAUGUACCACUGCUCGGUGUGCGGCAACCACUACGCCAGCAUGCGGGCGCUGCGGAGCCACCUGCGCGGGCACACGCAGCUGCACGGCACGCCGUCCAGCUCGGGCCCGUCGUCCAUGUCCUCGCUGGAGGCCGAGAAGGAGGAGGACGGCGGCGGCGGCGGCGGAGAGAGCCAGCCGGGCGACGGCAGCCUCAUCGUCAUCUGCAGCACGUGCGGCGAGAGCUUCACCCGGAAGCAGGACCUCGUGGCCCACCAGCUGCUGCACACCCAGGCGUCCGCCGAGCCGCCGCAGCUGCUGCUGCCGCCACCGCCGCCGCUGCUGCACCCGCCGUCGGCCCAACGCUACGGCGCCAACCAGGAGAACCCGCUGGCGCCCAAACAGGAGCCGGCGAGCAUCAUCUGCGGCAAGUGCGGCGUCUCCUGCGUCAGCUACCAGCACCUGGACAGCCACCCGUGCCCGGGGCGACGAGACGACGGCCUCGUCGCCGUCGACGACGGGGUGAAGAGCGAGGGCAAACCGGACGGCGAGCCGUCGCUGGGCAGGAGCGGCGGCGCCGCCGCGGGACACCUGGACGAGAGCCAAGACCGGGGAGGGGAUCGCCUCUUCAAGUGCGAACAGUGCGGACGUGCCUACAGGCACGCCGGCUCCCUCCUCAACCACAAGAAGUCCCACAAGACCGGGGUGUUCCGCUGCUACGUGUGCCAGAAACGCUUCUACAACCUGCUGGCCCUCAAGAGCCACGAGAGGACUCACUUUGACAUCAAAAAGCACACCUGCACAGAGUGUGGCAAAGCGUUCAAGAUCCACAAGCAGCUGCAGAACCACUUGCGAGUGCACGAGGAGAACAAGGCCAAGAUCCAGGAGCUCAACAAGCAGAUCCAGACGCUGAUGCAGAUGAACGGCGAGCUGGCCCAGAACGGCCUGCGCCUGCGCAAGGCCCAGAGACGCAAGCGCCGCCAGGCCCCGUCCGGCGACGGAGGAGUCGGCGGAGUCGGAGCAGCAGCAUCAGCAGCAGGCCCCAGCCCGGAGAAGGACGGCCAGGGGGCGGCGGGGGUGCAGUCCCCCCCGCCGGGGAUCCAGGACCCCAACGACCCGCGGCCGUACGUCUGCAACCAGUGCGGCCGCAGCUACCGGCACGCCGGCAGCCUGGUGAACCACAAGAACUCGCACAAGACGGGCGAGUACCACUGCUCCAUCUGCAACAACACCUACUCCAACCAGCUGGCCAUGAAGAACCACCUGCGCAUCCACUUCGGCCUGAAGAAGCACGGCUGCCAGGCGUGCGGCAAGGCCUUCCGCGGCAAGAAGCAGCUGCUCAACCACCGCUGCGCCGCCAACCGGAAGAACGCCGACGGGCCGGCGCGGGGCAGAGGUCGCCGGCGGCCCCGCGAGCCCACGUGCAAGCGCUGCCGCCUGACGUUCCCGUCGGUCGAGGAGCUCCGGGCGCACGCCUGCACGGCGCCACCGGCAGUCGCCGCCGCGGGGAAGUCCGGAGGAGGCGGCGGAGGAGGAGGAGGCGGCGGCGGUGGCGGCGGCGGCUUGCCCCGCGAGGAGCGCCCGUACAAGUGCGGCAUCUGCGGCCGCAGCUACCGGCACGCCGGCUCGCUGCUCAACCACAAGAACACGCACAAGACGGGCCACUUCAGCUGCGCCUUCUGCGGCAAGCCCUUCUCCAACCCCAUGGCGCUGCGCAACCACACGCGCAUCCACACGCAGAAGAAGAAGCACGUGUGCCCCACCUGCGGCAAGGCCUUCCGCCUCUCCAGCAUCCUGCACAACCACCUGAAGAUCCACGCCCGCGGCGUCUCCACCUUCGGCUGCCCCACCUGCGGCAAGACCUUCCAGGGCCGCUCGGGCCUCAAGAGGCACCGCUGCGUGAGCGGCGGCGGAAGCAGCAGCGGCUCCGGCGCGGGGGGCAGCGGCGGACGGGACCCCCGCAGGGCAGCCGGCGGCGGCGGCCAGGAAGGAGGCGACAAGUGCUACACGUGUGACCAGUGCGGCCGCUCCUACCGGCACGCGGGCUCGCUGCUGAACCACAAGAAGACGCACUCGUCGGACCUGCUGCACUGCUCGCUGUGCCUGCGCACCUUCGCCGACCCGCUGGCGCUGGAGAGCCACGCGCAGAUGCCGCGCCACUGCUGUCCCGACUGCGGCAAGACCUUCUGCGAGUUCGCCCACAUGCAGAGCCACAUGGAGGUGCACAGCAAGGGCCGCCCGCUGCCCGGCGGAGGGGCCGGGGGAGCGUCGGGGUCGGGGUACCUCCACCACCCCCACUCCCACCACCAGCAGCAACUACACCCGCACCACCCUCACCAUCAGCAGCAGCAGCAGCACCCGGGUCAGGCCCAGCAGGGGUACCCUCCCCCCGAGAGCAUGCCCAUCGAGGACGAGCUGGACUGGAACUCGGGGAUGGACCCGCGGAUGGGCCUCCAAGGCGGCCUGCCCAAGAUGGACCAGGUGUUCGGUCAGGUCCACGGCGGCGGUGGCGGCGGGGGCAUGAGCAGCGGCGGCAGCAGCGUCGGCGGCUACCCCGGCGACCUCCAGGAUCACGGUGAGGGCGGCGGCGGCGGGCCCGGUGGCGGCGGCGAGUCGGAGAAGAGCCACGUGUGCGAGCACUGCGGCCGCGCCUACCGGCACGCCGGCUCGCUCCUCAACCACAAGAACAGCCACAAGAUGGGCUCCUUCUUCUGCUCCGUGUGCCAGAAGGAGUUCACCAACCUCAUGGCGCUCAAGAACCACCGGCGCAUCCACACGGAGCCCAAGCGCUACCAGUGCCUGGAGUGCGGCAAGGCCUUCCGCGUGUCCACGCAGCUCAUCUGCCACCGCCGCAUCCACACCAAAGAGAAGCCCUUCUCCUGCCUGCUGUGCGACAAGCGCUUCUCCAGCAAGUCCAACCUGCGCCACCACCAGAAGAUGCACCAGAACUCGCAGGCCUCCUACGAGGCCUCCUUCGACAUGGACCCCAACUCCUUCAUGGGGCUGGGCGUGGACCCUUUCCUCUGAGCUAAACGCGGGCCUAAAACUGCGUGUUUUUUUUUUUUCGGGAGGGGGCGGGUUGCAGGGGGGGUUGUGUCUUUUAGUCUUGACUGUACACACUCUGUGCUCCAAGGGAAGAUGUAUAUCUAUAUAUGAAAAAAAAAAGGUAAUGCUAGUCACCAGAUUGCCCCCCUUCACCCACCCACCCCACCCCACCAACCCUUCCUAACCUCCCUCAGCUAUACUGUUAAACAGGCUGAUGCCAAUAAUUGUAAAUCAGGUUAGUCUGCUGGUCCUUCUCGAGCGGCGUUCAGGUGCCCCAUCCCCCCAGCCCUCUAGAUGCCUCUUCGUCCCAGAGGGACUCCUCUGGGGGUCCGGCAGUGCAGGCUUUUCAUUAGGUGCAGUCAGGCGUAGUAGCCCCCCAUUAGACUACCUCUGGUAGGGACAUUGACACUGUAAAAAAAAAAGCUCCAGAAAUCACGAUGACGGUGCCUGACUGACUCGACUCACAGACUGUUUCUUUUGUUUUUGAGUUUGAAUGUGUCUUUUUUUUUUUUUUUUUCGUUGUGUUCCUGUUAUAUAUUUUUUUUUAAGGAGUGCACAAAUCCUUAUGAAUUCAAUGGUACUAUCUGAAACCCUCUUACUGUAGUCUGGGGGGACGAAUGGUCUCGAGACUUACUGUUCCCUCUUACCUUAAACCCCCUUUUACCCCCUCACCACAACCACCACCACCACCACUACCACCACCCAUGCUGCCUCCAGACGUAGAGUCCGACCGAUGCGAUCGCUCGUGAGAACCAAACAACCUCGAUGGGAGGGAGCGAGCGAGCGGCAGACAGACAGCCACAGCCCGUGCGUGGCCAGUUGAUCUGGCAACGGCUUUCGAGGGGAGAGAAAAAAAAAAGUCAAAGGUGCUUUCACGCUGAGGGGCGUGGUGGCACAGGAAUACCGCGGGGCUAUCCCGCUAAUCCCCGUGGAAUGUGCGAGACGGCUUCGGCCAGCUUGCGUGUGUCCCCCCCACACCCUCCCCCUCCCCCCCAGGAGGCCUUCCGUUUAGCACUUGAAGUGCUGAUGGGCCCCAUCAAGGAGACAAGGAGAGAAGGUACCGCGUUAUUCGACCAUUAGUUUGUCGCUCACGGGGAGCUCACGUUUUGCCCAGUGCUUCCUUUUUAGCUUCAGGUCCGUGUGUCGUUCAUCGUAGCCUGUCCUUUCUCUUUUCCGUUUUUUGUUUUCUUUCUUUCUUUUCUUAAAGAAGAUUAUAUAUGUAUACACAUAUAGAUAUAUGAGUAACAAACUCCCGUUAGCCCUGGCUGUGAGUGCAGUAUGGCCGGUGUCUCCGCAGUCUCGUUGUGGGCAGCGCUGUUGACGUGCUGUCAGACAGCAGGAACAGUUUCACGUGUGUGUGUGUGUGUGUGUGUGCGUGCGUGCGUGUGUGUGUGUCCCCGUCCUUCCAUCCUUCCCGAGCGUUACCUUCGAGAUACAAGAUAUCAAGUGUAUUUAUUUAUUUAAGAAAGACUAUUUAUACCCCACCUUUUAAUGUUUUGUAAGACUAUAUCAAGAGUCUCGGCUCUGAGCAUUUUUAACUCUGGUAUUCCACGUGCAUGUUUCGGAUGUGCUCUUAAGUCCACUUCGGAUUGAUUGUAAAUGAAAAUCAUGACGCCUUGGUAGUCUAGAGAACGGCUAAGUCCCAACUAAAUACACAUCUCUCAGAACAUUUCAGAUUGGUGUCUUUUUGCAAUAAUAUUAGUAUAAUGAUAAUGAUUAAUAAUAACAAUAAUGGUAUUGUUAAGUAUUUUUCCCGCAGUGCGUAUUUUAAAAAGACUCUGUUGUACUAUAUCACUGUUCUUUUUUUUUUCUUUUUUUUUAAAUUUAAUCUUGUGCAAGUAUUUUCUUUUUCUUCACAAAAACUAUUACUGUCACGCACAAGAUGAAAAAUAUGUAUGUAUCUUCAAGUGUUUGUGACGACCUCACAGUUGUCUGUGGUGGUGUUGUGCUUUAGACAUCCAUGAUCGGUCGGGCUCUAUCAUUAGCAGGAUGCCAAUGGAAGAGGGGACUUGUAAUUUCAAUACUGCUCAGGUUUCACACCUUAUUAAGGAGAAGAAAAAAAACAUAACAUAAAAUGUAAACAUUGUAUUUGGUUAUAUAAGUAUAUAUAAAUAUAUAUAUAAACAAGACUUCUGUUCGGUUCUCAUCCGAGACGCACAAAGCAUCAUGUGACAGAUUCUGCGAAAGAUGGUGACGCCAGGCUGCAUUUCUUACAUGUGCCAUUUCCUACCAUUGUACUCAGAUUAAAGUUGCUAUUAAUAGUUUCCAUUCUAUGCCUAUAUUCAUGUGCUUACUGAUUUUAUUUAAGAAUAGGAGUUCAGCCCUUUGUGUAUCAAUGGCUUCAAGUGCAUUUCAAACUCCAAUAUAAAAAAACUGACUUCUGAAAUGUUAAUUGAGACCUCUUCUUCUCUCUAUCUCUGCAAUCAGUUGCAUAUAUCUUUAAGAAAAUAUACAAAAUAUUUAUUUUUGUUCUUUUGUUGAUCAAUGUUUUCUCUUUCUUGAGUAGAGGACUUGCAAAUAAUGUUUAUUUGUAGACGGUCAUGCCCUCACUUUCUUGAAAUAAAAUAAACACAGUGUAAAGACCA